AUGGAGCCUGAAAACAAAAAUCUCCAAAUUGGUGACAAGCUCGCAAGCCAACACAUGGAUGGCCAUAGCCUUGAUGUCCAGACCCAGAAUCGGAUCAAGUUGAGACAGCCGUGUCGCCAGCAUACAUGGGUGCUAACUUUUGAAUAUCGAUAUCCCUACUGUCGAUAUAAUCCGACGUACUAUGGCAUGGCCAGCCAGACCGAUCAGCUAUAUCAAAAUGUUGCAGCGGAGCGAACGGGGGAAUCUGCGAGCGUGUUUCCACGUUAUUUUGACGUUCCAUUUGAUAGCUAUGCAUGCUUGUCAGCAUAUUUGCAUGCCCUGAUGGUAGCUAUUCCGCUAAGGUACAUGUUUAGCGUUCGCCUCCUUUCGGUGAGUAUCCAUCCGAGAGAUGCCGAAGAGACUUGUGUCCUAUUUAUAGCUAAAGCUGUUUGCUGA